GGCUAGCAAGCUGGCUUGAGUUGUCCCCUUGGUCAUCGUGGACUUGGAGUGGUCAACGUGAUAGUCCAGUUGGUGAAGGAAGUGGACAUUGUUUUAGGACUGUCCACUGAGCAAUAGAAAGAGCUUAAUUCUGUCAACUGAUACUUCUUUUCAUAGGAGAAAAACAAAAGGAAUUGGUGUGAAUUAGACACGAGUGAACAGGCUGUGGGCUUUGUAAAAUAAUUAGAAAAUCUUUGGGAAAUACACAAGGAGGCUGCUUUGGAAAGUAUCAAGUCAUUGUACCUUGAUAAGAUAAGAAACUGAAGACAGAAACAUUUACAGGUGAAAAUGAACCACAAAGAAUACACUCUGUAGGGAUCCCUCUCAGUGGAAUAUUUUAAAGGUGGAACAAGAUAUUUUCAUUGCCAAAUGGUCAGUUAAUUUAGCAGUAGCAGCCGAGCACUUGAUGCGUGACAUCACAUGUGCGGUGUUAAAUAUUGAAAGAAAAACUGCCUGAUGGAUUGUUGUGGUUUUAAUGCUUUUAAUAACACACGAAGAGCUUAAGGGGCCAGCCGUUUCAUCCAGGCUUAGAAACAUUUGCAUGUGUUAAUAAUAUAAAACCAAUACUAAAUGGUGAUGUGAUUGGUAAAUUAGAGAGAGGAUAAGAGAAAAAAUAUGCAAGUGAUGAGGCAGGUGCCCAAAUGCCUUAAAAAAUUUUUUAACUAACUGACCGACAUUCAUAUAUACACUCUGUCUGACCACAUAGGAAAGAAUCUGGUAAAUUUUACAGCUAUAGAAAUAUUGUGAGACAGUGGUUCUAGUGGAUGCUAUAUUUAUGUUUUGACCAUUGAAGUGGACAGUUGAAGUGGACAAUUGCAGGAAAAACACACAAGGAGGGAUGCUCUACUGGAGGCUCGUUGGGCAAUCUUCCCGCCACCAGUGAUGUCCGUAGCAACAGCCAAUCCCGAAUCAACAUCGCACUACAUUGACAAUAAUCUAGGACAUCCGCAAACAGCGACGCAGCAGAAUGGCUACAAUGAGGCCAGUUCGAUAAAGCAGCUUUUAACCAAUCACAUUCGCAGAGAUUUGACCAAUCAAACAGCAGGAGGAUUGGAAAGCCAACACAUACAGCAGACGACAGCACAUCGUAAUCUAGGCGAAGUAAACGGAGAAGCCCAGUUUCCAAUUGAUGCUAAGCUAACAGCCAGUCAGAUCUUACGGGAUCAACCUGUUUAUGCCAGCAGGGAGUUGAUCGAAAGUAAGCUAGCACGCUCAAGUCUCUCUCCGCCACAUACGCAGCCCCCGUUACAUCACCAACAACCUUCGCCGACUCAGUUACCAAGGCUGGUGCCACACUUGCUGUCACCCCCUCUGGGCCCGACGGCAAUUCCAGAAGGACAGAUUCCAUUGUCACCAGUUCAGCAGCCAUCUUUAAGUGAUUUACAGCUCAGACCUCCUAAGCAGCCUGAGCCUUCUGAUUUGAAACAGUUUGAUGUCCCGGAAGAAGCUCUGCCUGAUGAAAAAGCCAAAGAGGACCUCAUAAGUCAAAUCGUAGAAAGUCAAUUGGCCAGUCAUAGAUAUCGUGAUCAUGCUGCUUUCGCAAGCCAGCUCGUAACACCGCCACAAAUUGCAGGUGACUCUGGUGGACCAAUUGGAGAGAGUCCAGUCAAGAAUCCUGAAACAGCCGAGGCUCCAGCUUCCCCUUCUCUCAGCCAAAGUGUUGCUGAAACCAAAGACGAAACAACUAUAAGUCCUACGACAUCAACUGUUGUAGACCAACAGCCAUUGCAAGACAAAGAAAUGCCACAAGACAACCAAACUCUACCUCAAGGUCAGGGACAGGGUCAAGUUCAUGACCUAUCACCGCCAUUGUCAAACACCAGUGUCCAGGAAGCUGCUGCUGCACCACAGCAGCCUCUGACACCAGGGGGUGUUGUUAGUCCCAGUACAAGCCAGUUCCAAAGUCCCGACCACAGCCUUCAUUCAGGCAUGGUACCAAGCCCAUCGAAAAGUGAUGGACAACUUGUGAUUGACAUGAACCAAUCAGGUGGUGAUUUUAAUCGUUCUAAUGCCUCCAUUGCCAGCGAUGACCUGUCGGACAACGAGGGUUAUGUGUCGCAGUAUACUCCCAUAAUGCCCGGUGAUGCAGGGGACCAUGGUUCUAACGAUGGUUUUGUUUAUCAUUGCCAUCUUUGCAGCUACUCAGGUACAUCACGAUUCCACUUUAACGCUCACAUGAACAGUCAUUUUGAACACCAGUGUCCACACUGCGAUUACACGAGCCGCACAGAAGGGCGGUUAAAACGCCACAUCAAGGAUUUUCAUAGCUCCGUACCUCCUGACAACUACUCAGGAAAUCGCAUGCUGCGCACAGUGCAGAAUCGCCCCAAACUAUACCGCUGCAAACAGUGCGAGUUCGUAGCUCAAACUAAGAUUGACUUCUGGGAGCAUGCCAGGACUCACAUAAAAGAUGACAAAAUCCUGCAGUGUCCGAAAUGUCCGUUUGUCACGGAGUAUAAGCACCACUUAGAGUACCAUCUGAGAAACCACUUCGGUUCCAAGCCCUUCAAGUGCCUGAAAUGCAACUACUCUUGUGUGAACAAGUCCAUGUUGAAUUCCCACAUGAAGUCGCAUACCAACAUAUAUCAGUAUAGGUGUAAUGACUGCAGCUAUGCCAGCAAAUACUGUCACUCCUUGAAACUUCAUCUACGCAAAUACAAUCACAAGCCGGCCACCAUUUUGAACAUUGAUGGCACGCCCAUGGAGGACGGAGAAACCUUCCCCCCAAGGAGAGGGCCACCGCGGGGACCGAGAGGCCCACGUAAGGAGAAACAGGGACCCAGCAACCAGAACAUGCCUUUGAUGCUCAAUCCUCAACUGGCCGGCUUGGUCCGCCCUCCUUUCCCUGGGGGCCAGCAGAUGAUGAACGGAAUGAUGCCGUUUUGGCCCAUGAUGCCAGGGCAUAUGGCCCCCAAUGGCAUGCCAAUGGCACCCCAGGGCAUCCCACUUCAUAUGGCACAGAAGUUGCCACCCGGCAUGAUUCCGAUGCCAGGGAUGCCAGGAAUGCCACCUCAGCUCCACCCCCAGCAACAACAGCAGCAGCAGCACCCAAUGGUGAAGCAGGAGCCGGGAGUCAUUCAAUGCGGAAUUUGCGAGUUCACGACAGAGUCCCAGUCCGACCUCAGCACCCACAUGCUGAAGGUGCAUGCGGCUGAGAACCAGGAUCUUUUCAGUGCAUUCGGCCUGAACAGCGACUCCUUCACCGCGGAACAGGCGCGCCAAGAGAAAGCAGGGCUCCUACCACCAGCGGCUCACAGUAAGCACUCGCCACAGGGAGCAGCACCUUACAGUCAAGUGAAGCCUCCCCAGCUGCCUCAAAUGAGCCCAGGGAUGAUGCAGCAUUCGGCCAUGCCACCAAAGGCCAGUCCAUCCCAGAUGUGGAUGAUGAACGGAGGACGACCUCCAAUGCGACCCCAGGUGACCAGCGCUCCCACAGCAGGUGCUGGUGUGCUGGACCUGAGCGGGAAACUGGUGACUGGUGAUAGGCAAGGAGAGCCAAACACCAGUGGCGCAACAGCACGGCCUCGCAGUGGACACGGUAGUGAAGAGGCACCGCUUGACCUCUCGGCACCGAAUGCAGCACCACCUGGAAGGCAGGAGUAUUACAAUGCCUACAUGCCUAUUGCUGGGAGAAAGCGCCCCAUUCAGCUGGUAAAAGCCAGUGAUGGAGAGUAUGUACAGGUGGACAGGUUCCAAAAUGGAGAAGCUGAACCUGAAAGUGUUCCAAGAAAACGGUCACGUAAGGGCAAGGCAUUCAAGUUGGACAAGCUGUGUCUUAAGCUUCAAGAGAGGGCAACCGAUUCCCCAAACUCCUAUGGUUCCAACGAGGACUAUAGCUCUGAUGGUUAUGUGGAAGACAACACCCAAGAUGGCGCCAGUGCAGAAAGCCCCCCAAACAUCAGCAAACCUGUAGCUGAGGGCGACCUCAAUGAGAUCCAUAACAGCCUGAGGCAACUAAACAGUGAGUCCCCAGUUGAAAACAACCUUCAGAAUCAGUAUGUCAAGGUCUACCACGACGGUGAAGAAAAUUCGAUGCAGUCCUCGGGCAACAUGAAAUCUGAGCAGAACUCGGAUGAAAUGGACAGAUCAAGUCUUCAAAAUGGCUACACCGGUGAGGCAAACGAUGAUGAAGUUGGUGAAGGUAUCGAUUCAGGCAGGUACAAUUACGAAUGUCCAUACUGCGAUAUACUCUUUGCAGACUGUGUCAUGUUCACAAUGCAUAUGGGUUACCAUGGAUACUCGGACCCUUACAAGUGCAACAUGUGUGGCUUUGAGGGCAAAGAUAAGGUGGAAUUUUUCAUGCAUAUUGCCAGGAAUGCUCACGAAGAGCAGGAAAACCAGAAUGAGACUGAGUAAGUUCUACGAAUAUAGCAGAACACGGGACAUCGACACCAGAAAGUCUCCCAUGUUUCUUAUUACAGUUGGACAGGACCUUUUUAUUUAGAACGGGCCAAAUUAAAGAAGAGAGAGCUUUUCAGUGGAGAAAUUUUGUUUUGUGAGAGCAUAUUGCAGUCAUAAGAAAGAAUAGGCCGCCGUACUACCCAUCAUCUGGGUUUGUAAUUGUCAUCAGUGACUGAAAUUGUAUGUAACAAGACGAGUGGAAGAAAAAAAAAGAUUUUACCAAAGUAGCAAGAGUGUUCCCAAAGGACUUUAAGGUUCUGCUGACCUUUUCUGGAUGCUUUAAACCACCUUAUUAGAGUGCAUAGGACAUUUUAGCGUAAUUUUGAGGUGGGACAUAUAGGAAUAAUUUUGUGAUUUACUUGUAUAGGUGAAUGAUGACAAUGACCAUGAAAAUGAUAGUGAUAGGGGGCAGCAGUGUUCCCAACAUCUUGCUAGGGGGCAGCAGCGUUCCCAACAAAGUAUAUGUUUUGCCUUAAUGUUUGUUUUAGUUAGUAGUUUGGGAACUGUGUAUUUAGUGAUAGAUAAUUGGUGGGUUAAUUGGAUAUAAUGUUCCUGGAUAUAUGGAUAUAUUAGUUCUGGAUAUUCAGAUUGAUAUGUGGAUAUGUUGGUCCCAGAUAUCCUUCAGGAUAUGUGGAUAAGUGGAUAUUUAAUUGGAUAUGACCCUGAUAGGUACAUCACUCAAACCAUAUAUGUUUGUAGCUACAGUGUUUUCCAUAUAUGCACUGGUGACCAUAUAAGGCAUGAAGCCUCGGCCAUUCUCCCAAAUAAGGCAUGUUUCCAAUUAAAAAUCUACUUCAUCAUACUAACGAAGAAAGCAGAUUUUGGUGAAAAUUUAUUUCCUGUUUUAAAAUUUGGAAAUAUCGAAACAUCAUUUUGAGGAAUUGAAGUAGUGGUAUAUGGGAACUGUGAUGUACCUGACUUAUACCAAAGAAAUCCACACAGUCUUAAGUGAUUCUUAAUCCAUGCAGCAGCAGCAAAUGAUAUCAAGUAUUAUGAUUGGAUGUUAUUCCACUAUUUUUAUGAAAUGAAGAAGCACUGAAAAAGCUCUUCCUUAUAUACCUUAAUAUAUAUAUAUAUAUAUACAUAUCUGUAAAUGAAUAAUUAUAGUUAUAUAUAAUAAAAGUAGCAGAUGUUUUAAAAGAUUUAAGGGCAGCCAACCUUGACCUUGACCCAUAUAUGAUUAACUCUUGAAGGUCAUAUGUCCUUGACCUUAAAUUUUCAGGUUAUAUCCUCUUGCCAGUUUCAAGGCUGUGCUUGUCAUGACAAUCAGUCAUUUUGGCAGUUAACUCCAUUUGAGAAAAAUACUGAAGUUGGGGUCCACUAAUUGUACAACAUGGGGUCUUAUGAUGGAUUGGAGGGUACAAGACACGAGUGCGACCCUAAGCUUGUGUUUUGUAAAUCAGUUUUCAAGUUUUUCUCCAAGUAACAAGAGUCUUUUAAAUAUACUUGUAUAAAUGUUAUGGGUAGUAUAAUAGAUUGUAUAGGUUAUUAAUUGAAUGUGAGUAACACAUAUUUAACUUUUUUUCAUUGUUGAAUUUUUCAAUUCUUUUUUUGUGUCUCAGGUAUGUUUGACGUAUACGACACCAUGUAAAGAUGUGGACGUUUUGUAAACCCUAUAGUAUUAUCACUAUUUUAAAAAUACACUGCACAUUGGGAAAAUUUCACCUUUGUUUUGCAGUGCUAGAAAUCUUGGUGAAGUGGAGGUUCACAAUGUUGUGAAUAGAAAGGGGAUAAGUGCAACAAAGGAGCUUAUGCAAGGAGUUGUGGAAGACCAUGGGUUCCAAAAUUUUAAUUAAAUAUUGAUUAAAUAAUAUUGAUAUUAAUUUGGUUGCCUGUCACUGGGUAUAUCAACGCCAAGUCUGAUUUUAAUUUAAUGAUAAGAAACAACAAGCGAUUGAUAUAGGUAUAGAUGGAUUAUUCAUGCGUCCUUAGGAAUUUAAAAUUAUUUUCCUUAAAAUAGACUGAUUUGAAGUUGAAUAUCAUUUUUAUUGGUCUUCUGGAACUCCUUGUUUUCAAUGAUUAGUGUCUCUAUAAAUAUUAUUGUGUAAAUGUUUAUCAUUUUAAAGGGAAUCUUUGGGGUCCUUGGUAUCUAUAUAUGUUUUCAGGAGAGCUGUAGCUUGGUUGUUUUUUCCCAGUAUUAUUAAUGUCUACAUAUAAUUAUACGCUCUUUAAGAAGACAAGUGCUUUAAAAAAUCUACCUCAAAACCAAAGCUAAUACUUCAGAGUUGUUGUUUGCUGUAUCUGAAAAGUUUGUCACACAACCACACACAUUGCAACAGGUCUUGAACGUGUGAGAAAGAUCGAUUCUCGGCAUUUUGAUGGGGCGUUUAGGUAACACAGUCUUAACACUUUUGAGAUACAGCAAGCAGCUGAAUUUUAUACGUCUAUAUAUAUAUACAUUAUUAAAAAGUCUGAAAGGGAUUUAUUUCUAAAAUAUUUGAUAUAUACCCUACUCUUCCAAACCUACCUCACGCCUAACAGUUGACUGCAGAAUAUUUCCAAAAUGAGAUGAUUAUAGAAAGAAUGGAAUGAAAAAAUGGGUUUGUGGAGAUGAAACAAUAUUUUACCUUGUUUUUAAUGCAAAGGACAAAGAGCAGCUUUAAAGCGAUUGGAAAUGCUUUAAAAAUAACAUUCAGAAAAAAUGUUUCUUGGAAUCAAGAGGUACCUCAGAUGAAUGUAGCAUAUUACAAUAUUAUCAUAAUAGUUAUAAUAUUUAUGUCCAUCUGUAAUUACUAUUCUUCUACAAUGAUGAUGAUUAUGUGAUUAUUAUAUGUCUGGGUAUAUAAACAUUAACGUGGUGAUUUUUUUUGUUGAAAAGGAGGGAUUUUGUCUUGAAUACCAAAGGAGAAAAAAAAUUGAGCUCAAUUGUGUAGUACCAAAACAGGCGAUCGUGAUAUAUAUUUGAAGCGAGGGUCUGUGUGUGGGCGGCAACAGCUCCGUUGUUAUCUAUUCAAACUCAGGGAAUUAUGAUUGAAUUUGAUUGACUUUUUAUUGUUUUGAUGUAUGUGUGUAUAUAAGUAUAUAUACCGAAAUUAAAGUGUAGAUAGAAAAUUAGCAGUUGAUUACAUAAUUUGAUAGCCAAGAGGUACGAAGAGGUAUGUCGAUUUUACAUUUUCUCCACACUCAUAUUAUAGUCUGUGGAAUAGAUGUUCCUAUCCAAGGUCAAAUGAAAAAAAGAAGUAACACAGCGCGACCUAGUUUACUGAAUCCGGGUCACCAUGACCCAAUUAAAUCCAGUAGAUUCUCCCUGGCAUUUUUUUAAUAGGCAGAUCAGUGGCAGAAACUAUUUCAAUAAGGCUAGUUAAAUAGAAUAAAUAGAUAUUUGAUAAAGGUUAUGACUAUUUGGUAUAAUGUCAUGUAUGCUAAAGAGUGUCAGUUAAUGUGAAUUUUAUAAUAAUUAUUAUUAUUAUUUGGUAAUUCAGUGCUUUCUUGAAAUCAUUGUUUUGGAGGAAAUAACAUACUUUGUCAAUGAAAUGAACUUUUUUGGAAUUUAAUCAAAAUAUACAUAUGGUUAGAAAACAUAGCCAACUGUCAGGCAAGGAAAAUGGUGUUAUGCCUAUGCAGCAUUUAUUAAAAUUAAGAGGGUUCUCAAAGAAAUGUUAACACUAUUCACACUUUUUUCUAGUGAAAAGGCACUGAUUUCACCAGUUGUAUGUACCAGUAUAAUUCAAAUUUGUCUCUUCGGAAAUGUUAACUUGUAUAAAAUUGGUGUCAUUUUUUAAUAUUUUGGAGGUUGGAUGUUAAUACAUGGAUGGAUUAUUUGGGUUUUUUAUGCUCCUUUUGUUUUCUUUUUUUUAACUUGACACUGUUUAGUUCUCAUAGCACGGAGUACCAGUUUACCACAGAGGCAUCCAUGUUAAUACUCUCAAAUUUUUUGGAGUUGAAAUAUUUUUACAGAGAUUAAGCAUGGAAUGCCUUGUUGUUUAAUUGGUGCUUUUUUCUCACACUGGCCAGUAUUGGAUAGAUAAAAGACAUGAAUGCAAUUUUUUUUUUUUUUUUUGACAAAUGUAAGAGUUGAUUAGGGUUAGAAGUCAAAGGUCAUUUGGUGCAUUUAGCCUUUACUUUUCACUGUUGUCAACUCUUCCUUAUUGUUUCCCAACUCUGGGAGUAGUUCAUUAGAUUCACAUUAUACAUAUAACUUUGUUCCAAUUUUACUGAUUCGUUUUAACCUGGUACUGGAGGCAAGGUCAGCCGGUAAACUUUGACCUUGUGUUCAAAUGAACUUGACCUUGAAAUUUUAAAAUGAAAACGAGGCUGACCUUGACCUCCUCAAAAGGUUCACAGCUCAGGAAGUUCCUGUAAUUAUUAUUGUUUUUGUCAUCUAGAUUGAACAUUCAUUCCAAUAAACUUAGCAUUUGUGAUUUGAA